AGUAAGGCCGGCAGUGUUACUGGCACAUGCAGAGAUAUGACGGCUGCUUAUCUUGUCAUUGUCGUGGCUCUUGUCGUGUCAUCGUACCGCCUUGUGGAGUGUCCGCGGCCGUCUCGGCACCUUGUCAAAAGCCAUGAGCUCCUCGACGGGCCGCGAGGCGUCCACGACAAAGUCAGCCUCAGCAGCGAGAGCGGCAUCAAUCGUCUCCACCACCUGCACAGUACACACAAUAAAGGCACACAGAGAGAGACAAGUGGAUAUAGACACAGCCGAGACACACAGGAACAAGACACCCACUGACUUGGUGUGCCUCUCUGAGUGCGGUGUUGAGGGCGGCUUCCUGCUCGGGCAAAUGAUGCUGACACACAACACACCACGGCACACCAUGAGAGGAAAGCAGAGCAGAGCAUGAGCGCAUUGCCUCUCUCUCUCUCUCUCUGUGUCUGUCUGUCUGUCUGUCUGUGUGAGGAUGUGGUUACCCGUGUAGCGUCAGCCACCUGCACGAGCAGAGUUUUGAGGAGGGCAUUCUCCCGCUUCAGUUCAACACCCUCGGCCAACGCGUCCUUGUACCUUAACAUGAGGACAUGCACCCACGUGUCUGCGCCAUCCACGUGCUGUGUGUGCAUUGAUCUCACUUGGUGUGAUAUUCCCGCAGGUAGGCUAUCUGCUGAUCCUUCUCAUAAAGCCUUUAGACACACAGAGAGGUAUCACAUAACAAACAAGCCACACACAGCAGACAGAGAGACUUACUUGGUCAUGAAGUUUGUCACAGUCUGCCUUCCGGUGUCGAUGCGCGAGGCGGCCUGCGCCACACUCUCCUCCAGCACCACCGUCCUCAACCGCAGCGCCGCCUCGCUGUCCUCCUUCUCCUUGGCCAACGCCGCCAAGUCAUCCUGAGUGGCCGCCAGCUGAUCCUCGAUAGUCUUCUUGACGCUCUCAAGCUGAACUGAAUGAUGACAUCAACCACAGACAGAGGGAUGGUGCGUGUGGCGUGGGGGUGGGGAGGGGAGUACCCAUUUCCUGCAGGAGCCGUUGUCUCUCGUUGGUGAAGGUGCCGGCGCACUCCUCACCCUGUUCGUGCUUCCGCUGCGUGCACAGGCCCAGACGCCACACACACAGACACACACACAAACACACAGACACAUACACACAUAAGUGAUGACUCACAUCAAUGCCUCCAGGUGUCCGCCUGCCCACGGUGAGUGUGUCUUUGAAGAGCUUGAGGUCGCUCUGGAGGUGCUCAACGUUUUCCCUCUCUGACUGUAUCUCCUCUAUCAGCCGCUGCAGCGUCUCGGACGCCUUGUCGAACAAAUCAUUGUCCUUGAGCUUCUUCGCCGACUCAUUGCGCACCUGCACGCAACACAGCGGGGGAGGAAAGAAACGCGGCUGCAUCUUUCUGCUGGUUUGCUCCUCGUUUGUCUGUGUCUCUGUCUCUGAGCGCGUGUGUCUUGUGCCACAUUCACACCCAUCCAAUCACACCCAUCCGAAUAUAAACGUCCUCAUAGACUUACAGUGAAGAAGUCGUCUUUGAGGAAGUCGAGCACCACUCUGAGAGUGGUCAUGAGCCGCAGCUUCGAGGGGGCCUUCUCCAACUCCUUGAGCUCGUUGGGCUGCCACUUGCGCAGCGAAAAGGCCUCGCCGCUUUUGCCCUCCUCGGCCAAUAUGAAAGCCAACAUCUCCAAAAACUACAAAAAAACACAUGGACGGACACACAUUAUGCUGCCGGCUCUCUCUCUGUGUGUGUGUGUCUGUGCUGGCACUGCCUGGCAGUGAGUGUCGCUGCAUGGGAUGGCUGAGUGACUGACCUCUUCCAGGUUGUGUAGGCCGCUCUUGUCGUCGUCAAACCGGUCAAACAGCUCCUGCACCUCGUCCUUCUUUCGAAAGAGGCCAAUGGCCCGCAUCAGCGUCCCCAACUCGUCCAUGUCGAGCAGUCCAUUGCCGUCCUGGUCAAACACCACAAACAGCGCCGCCACCUCCUCCAGCUUCUUGCUCCUGUCGACAUCCAGCCCCGUGCGCAGGGCUGUCUGGAUGGCCAGCUCUCGUGCCUUGGUGUAGGUCUCCGUCUCGGCGCGCUUCUUCUUCUUGCCGGUCUUCCUCCCGGGGCUCGACGGCUCUGCCAAUGCCUCCGACGGCGGCUGUGCUGCUGAGUCGGGUGGGUGGUGGGGCUCAGCAGAAGAUGCCAUCAGGACGGAUGGAUGGAUGAUUUUCUCACAGCCUUUCGAGUGAACUGCAAACACUGUCGGCCUUUGUUGCGGAACUCUG